AUGCCGGUGAGACAUGAUUAACACGAAAGUUAACAUUUUUUUGCAAAAUUACAGGCUCAUAUCACUGCGCAUCAACAAUUGCCGGUUAUGUAUGAUAACAGUGAGCGACGUGCCAAGUGGGUUGACAAAGACGCUCCAGCUGACGGACCAAAACGUGAAAUACACGAAAAAGAUGUGAUGUUAUCAAUAUGAUGGUCUGUCCGUGCAGUUGAAUAUUGGGAGCUGCUUGAUGACGGCGUCACUAUUACGGUCGAUGUCUACACUGGUCAGCUGAGAAAACUCAGACUCCAUGUGGAUCUCCAUUGGGGGAAAAAUGCGAAAGUUUACUUUCAGCAUGAUAACGCUCAUCCCCAUGUCGCCAGAAAGACUAAAGCUGAACUCGCUGGAUACGGCUAG